AUGAAUGCCAAAUUAAUUUAUACGGAUAAACAAAGGGAACGCCGAAAAUGUUUGGUUCAACGAAACAAACAAAAAUCAUUAACAAUCAAUGAUAGCACCGGUAGUUCAUCUAUUGCUAGUCAUACGGAAAAUGUUGGCUACUUUGAUAUUAAUAACAGUAACAUUAAUAAUAGUGAUAAUCAAUUACAAAUUGCCAAUAUUACAAGCAGCACCGGUAGCUAUUGUCAAUCAGUCAACAACAACAACAACAACAAUAGGGAGGACACGCCGAUUAUGGCCAUCAAUAGACCCAUCACUGACUAUAGCAAUACAUUUACAGAGUUUGAGACCAGUAUUUACGGUGAGCUCAUGGAUGCGUUGAAAUUGGUUGAAAAAUUUCCAUAUAUUAUCAACGAAUGCAUUGUCGACUACUACGACCAGUAUUUACGGGUAGUCGUUGGCCGUGGCGACGGCCAGAUUCGCAGUUUUGUACAAAUGGCCAAACAAUUGGCCGGUUUUCGGCUACUCACCGAAUCGGAUCAAUUGAUUUUGCUAAAGUAUGGCCAAUAUGAGUCGGAAAUGCUUCGUUGGUUUCCCUACUUUGACUUUGAGCGCCAGUCCUGGCAAAUGUCGUUUAGUGACACUACUUAUUGGGUUAAGUUAGACGUGUUUAGGGAAACACCAAACAAUAUCUAUGACUAUAAACGAGAUUUUUUACAAUAUUUAGCACUCGAGUGGCUAUCGGAUCAACUCAUCAUUGAUUUGCUAACAACAAUACUAUUGUUUGAUGCAAAUCGACCAAAACUAUGUGAUACAACAUUAAUUAAACAACAACAGCAAAUCUAUGUACGGCUAUUGAUGCGCUAUUUGCUAAUGAAAUUCAAGUCACCGAUGUUGGCCACACCUAAAAUGGGACGACUAUUGAAGUCACUGGACCUGUUGAACAUCAUUAACCAGAGGAGGACACCGUUUUAUCGUAAUUAUCACCAUACUAGGUCUACACUAUUACAGGAAAUAUUUACCAGAGAUUAA